CAUCCUAAGCCCUUUCUUAAAAAAAAUUCUUUACCAUCGUUUUUAAUUAAAAAUGAUUCAAAUUCAAUCUCGUUACUGACUAUUAAUUUUGCAUCAUAUUGCUAAAAGUAAAAACGAUAAUCGAUCAUAAGAUGGCCAAAUAGCCAAAUCUCAUUGGAUAAACAUAAUUUGACAUAAGAGAGUUUCAACGUUAACUUAAAAAUUUGCAACAUACACUGACACAAAUCUAUAAGAAGCAAGGAUAGUGAAGAAUCUAUCACUAUACGCAUCAGCAAAAGAGCAGAGAAGAGAGGCAACAUAGAAACGAAACCAGCCCAAGUGUUUACUGUAUUGCUGCUCAUGAAUUACUCAUCUUCACUACAUUUGUUAGAUAUGUUACUUAGAGCAUGUGCAUUGCAGGAUCUUAACACUAAUUCUUAGCCUUAUAAGCAAUUAAAUUAAAUGGGAAAAAAGGGAUUUACGUAAGAGCUGAGUCUUAAUUAAGCGCAGGAAGCACCGGGUCUUUGGGACGCGUGGCGAGACGUGAUACGCCGUUUGUCUUGAGAGAAAACAAAAGCCGAACCGUUUUGUCUUUGUUUUUUUUUCUCUUCGACGAAAGAGAGAGGAGGUGAGAUGGAGGAUGAAUCUCGGCGGUGGUUCUGAUCGAUGUCUGAGCGUCGGUGGUUCUGAUCGAGGAAGAAUCUCGGUUACUCUCCUCGACGAAAUCCGGUGGAUCUCCUCGUCGAUUCUCGCUGGCUCCCCUCGACGAAUCUCAGUGGCUAAGGUUGAAGAAAUCACGGCGGCUAUCCUCGAUGGAUAAAAUCCGUGGAUCUCCCCGAAGAUAAAAAUCUCCAGUUGUUGGUGAUUGCAAUCGAAAGUAAUAUAUUUAGGAGAUACGGCGGGUUGAUUUCUUCUCUCAAAAAAAUCAAAGAAGGAACCGAAGCAAGUUCCUGGAAAAAUUCUUUCUUUCUUCAGAAGGAAGAACUUCAAUGUUAAAAUCAAAGGUUCGAACUUUAUGUUAUGGUUCCAAAUUUCUUAAGCUCGAUUCAAAGGUUGAGAAUUUUGUCUGGGACCGUUUUGACUUCAAUUCUUAACUUGGACUGCGUUUAUUUACUGACAUUGUUGUUGGAUUGUGCAAGGAGAGGAGAAGCUGCUCUGCUCACGUUCUGUACAGCGAGGAGAUAAAGGAUAAGGAGACAUGCUACGGAGAGAUGAUAAGGAGACAUGAGACACAAUGCGUUAAACAAUUGCAAGAGAGGUAAACAUUAAUUUCUCUUUGAUCCUUGUUUGAACUGAAGCUUGUGUAAUAAAUGUGUUGGUUAGGGAUAGAUUACGGUUGUCUUAGUAAUAAAUAGAAGUUAUGGUUUAGGGUGAUAAAUGUGUUAGCUUUGUGUCAAGUCUAUGGGUUGUGAUGAAUGUGUAUAGAUAUAUGUCAAAUCCCUUCUUAAACGCAUUGCUUCUGUUUUCAUCUAUUAAAAGCAUUGCUUCCGUUUUCUUCUUAUUCAUUAACAACUCUUUGAUUUUCUCUUCCAUCUAUAGCACCUUCCUUCCUUUUGUUCUUCUAUUUCUCUUGUCUUUCACACAAUCGAAAAUGAAAUUUAAUCCAUUUACGAGUGGACCAAAAUUUGUUGAUCUUCUCCAAAGUCAACAAAGUAUAUUUGGUUCAUCCGAAGUUCCUGUAUAUGGAACUCCACACUCUGUCGGUUCAGUGAGUGUUGUAGAGGGCAAAGAACGGAGGGCAUGGACGCCUGCAGAUGACAUUUUGCUCAUCAGUGCCUGGCUCAACACGAGCAAAGACCCAGUCGUGGGUAAUGAGCAAAGAUCAGGCGCAUUCUGGAAAAGAAUUGCGGCCUACUUUGCGGCAAGCCAGAAAGCUGAAGGGUCCAAACCGAGAGAGUCGACGCACUAUAAGCAGCGGUGGCAAAAGAUCAACGACCUCGUCUGCAAGUUUUGUGGCUCGUAUGAAGCUGCAACAAGGGAGAAGACCAGCGGACAAAAUGAAACUGAUGUCCUAAAAAAAGCGCAUGAGAUCUUCUACAACAACCAUCAAAAGAAGUUCAAUCUCGAGCAUGCAUGGAUGGAGCUCCGAAACGAUCAGAAAUGGUGCGACCUUUCAAGCUCAAAACUGAAGAGGAAGGUGGCCGAUGCUGGAGCUGAAACUGAAGCUGAUGAAUGCACCAGUCGUCCACCAGGUGUAAAGGCAGCUAAGGCACGUGGUAAGAAGGCAGCAGUUGUGGAGAAGGGGGUGGCAGCCUUAGAGUCACUUUGGACCAUCAAACAGGCUGAUCUAGCCUCUAAAGAAAGGCUCUCCAAGAUGGCUCUGCUUGACAGGCUUAUUGCAAAAGAAGGACCACUGAAUGAGCGUGAGGAAGCGCUAAAGACCAGGCUGAUAGAUGAAUUGUUGGUUGUUUGAGUUUAAGUUUGAGUCUGUUUGUUGGAUUGUUGGCUGCUUGCGUUAUGAAUUGAGUCUGUUUGUUGUUCUGUUUCAUCGAGUCUUAAGUGGUAAUGUAGUUCUAGUUGUUUGUUGUUCUGUUUCAAGUGGUUUGAAGUUGUUACAUGUUCUUGUUCUGUUUGAAAUGUAUUGUUGUCUUGUUGAAAUGAACGUGUGUUGUUGUUGAGUUUAAGUUUGAGUAUGUUUGUUGUAUUGUUCUUUUUUUUUUCAGGUGAGAGACUGUACUUUGGGACAGAGACGUGUGUGUGUCUGUGGUGCAGAUUGUGAGUGGAAGGGUCACGAGAGUGAGUAUGUUGUAUCACGAGAUAUGUGUGUGUGUUUCUGGUGCAAUCUUGUAUCACGAGAGAGAGAGAGUGAAGUACUAUUGUUUUGUAUUCUUCUAUCACGAGAGAGAGAGUGAUGUACUCUUGUUUCAGUUUGUUCACGAGAUAUGUACUAUUGUUUUGUAAUGUUCUAUCACGAGAGACAGUCUUGUAGUCUAAUUAGAAUCACACACACUUAUAAAUUGUUAUCUAGUGUCACCA